AUGUUUGGAGAGGACCCUAAAGUUGGAUUGACAUCUUCUAGCCUCCCACCUGAAAUUCUGGAAAGGCUUCAAUUUGAAGAUGACCUUUUAGCACUUUAUCAGGCACCAUCCUCUGACACCACUGCUGUUCAUAACAAUGAACUACCUCCAGCCACCAGUGAACAACUGCCACCUUCACCUCCUGCCAUCUCCCAGCCUUUUACAAGCUCCCAGGCUCCGUCAGUGCAGCAUCAUCACAAUCCUUCUCCAUUGAAUUCUACACCCCUUGACAAGCGACUCGAAGACAUCGCCAAUCAACGAAAAAGAGCAUGUGAAUCCCAGUUAUCACAGGCAGAAAGGAUGGUCAAGCGCUCCCGUAUUGACUUAAAGGCAGGUGAAGCUGGAGAUAAUGUUGCUGUCCCCAUUCCCAUGGUUGACAGAGGGAGAGGUGACCCAAGAAAUAUCCUAGGAGUUAUUGUUGAUCGGGAUGAACAUGACAUGUAUAGAAUUGCAGUGAAAGUUGGGAUUCUGAGCAAAAAGUAUACCAGGAAUCAGUUUGAUCUCUGUCCUCAGCGACUCUUGAAUGAUUCUGAUGUCAACAAAGAAUCUACAAUCACAGUCCGUCAAGCUCUCAGGUCUACAGCUUCUGGCGGACAAGGGUUCUUCCGGUGUGACUGCAGCAAAGGCAAGAAACAGUGUCAGACAAACAGGUGCAAGUGUUAUAAAGCAAAGAGACUUUGUAGCAGCAGGUGUCAUUCAUGA